AAAGUCCUAAAGACAAGCAUUGUACCAAAUAUUAAACUUGGAGUUCCUUCUGCUAAAACAAAAUGGACAAUAGAUCAACUCCACCAAGUUCUCUCGAGACUCAUUUCAUAGAUAUCCAUGAAGUCCUUCCCGAAGAAGAAGAAGAAGAGGAGGAGGAAAGAGUGACAAAAAUGGCCGAUAAAGCAGAGAAGCGUUUAAACAGGCCUAUCAAAUUGAAAGACAUGAAGAGAAACCAUAGAAGUUUCAGCAGGCAAGUGUCGCUGGAGACGGGGUUUUCAGUGCUUAACAGGGAGUCUAAAGCCAAAGAUGAAAGGAGGGUGCUUACGAGAAGUGGGAACAGUUUUGGAGGCUUUGGUUCGGCUCAUAGAGUUGGUGUAGAAGGACGGAAAGGAGACUUCAGUAUCUUUAGGACUAAAUCAGGCAUUGUGAAGCAGAACCCAAACUUGCCUUUGAGAAAAGAAGGUGAAAUGGAUUUUCAUCAGAAAAAUGAUAGCUCUGGUGGGGUUGAUGAGUCUGAUGUCAAUAAAACUGUUCCUGCUGGAAGAUACUUUGCUGCUCUUAGAGGACCUGAAUUAGACCAAGUCAAGGACUAUGAGGAUAUUCUCCUCCCAAAAGAUGAGAAGUGGCCCUUCCUUCUUCGAUUCCCAAUCGGUUGCUUUGGUAUAUGCCUUGGCCUUAGCAGCCAAGCCAUCCUGUGGCGUGCCCUCGCCACAAGUCCAGCCACCAAAUUCCUCCACAUUACACCUUUCAUCAACCUUGCCCUCUGGCUAUUAGCCCUGACAGUUCUCCUCUUUGUCUCCAUCACCUACACACUCAAAUGCAUAUUCUAUUUUGAAGCUGUCAAAAGAGAGUACUUUCAUCCUGUCCGUGUCAACUUCUUCUUCGCCCCAUGGGUUGUCUGCAUGUUCUUAGCCAUAGGUGCACCAUCUAUGAUAGCACCAGAACCCCUUCACCCUGCCAUUUGGUGCAUCUUCAUGGCGCCAAUUUUCUUUCUUGAGCUUAAAAUCUAUGGCCAGUGGCUCUCAGGAGGGAAGAGACGUCUCAGUAAGGUAGCCAAUCCAUCUUCUCAUCUUUCAGUAGUUGGAAACUUCGUGGGGGCGAUUUUGGCUGCAAAGGUUGGGUGGAAGGAGCCUGCUAAGUUCUUUUGGGCAGUAGGCUUUGCGCAUUAUCUGGUGGUGUUUGUGACAUUAUAUCAGAGAUUGCCAACAAGUGAAGCAUUGCCUAAAGAGUUGCACCCUGUGUAUUCUAUGUUCAUUGCAGCUCCAUCAGCUGCAAGCAUUGCAUGGGAAACUAUCUAUGGCGAGUUUGAUGGCUUGUCAAGGACUUGCUACUUCAUUGCAUUGUUCCUCUAUGUUUCGCUGGUCGUUCGUAUCAACUUCUUCAGGGGUUUCAGGUUUUCAGUUGCAUGGUGGUCUUACACCUUCCCUAUGACAACUGCAUCAUUGGCGACCAUCAAGUACGCGGAGCAAGUGCCUUGUGUUAUGAGCAAGGGCCUUGCACUAACUCUUUCAUUCAUGUCAUCAACAAUGGUGUCUGUGUUGUUCGUCUCUACACUUCUACAUGCCUUUGUUUGGCAUACCUUGUUCCCCAAUGAUCUGGCCAUCGCCAUUGCCCUAACAAAGAGAAAACAUGGCAAGGAGAAGAAGCCCUUCAAAAGAACCUACAAUAUAAGGCAAUGGACGAAGCAAUCUCCUCUCUCCUUUGUUUCAUCCAUAACCAAACCUACUUCUUCAGCAAAGGAGGAGUCUCAUGGAGAGAAAGAAGUCGGGUACUGAACUACCAUUAGAAAAUGAAAUUGAUGAAUGUCAUAGGCUUAUAGCCAAUACUUUUGUGCUUUCCAACCCGUGGAUGUAAUUUUUGACCAUGAGAAGUCAAAUACCUAGUUCAUAGAUCCCAUUGCAAGGAACUAUGCAUAAAGUCACUUCUAUAGUGAGAUACAUUUGUAUUAUGUUCUCUUAAAA